AUGGUAGCCAUAGCUUCGCAUGGCAGUAAGCAGAACCCUUGUGUCAUGUGCUCAUUUCUGCCCAAAGACCAACUCAAGUGGCCCCAUGACAGGUUCGCGCUGACUCAGGUGUCAGAGUUCGUGCUCCUGGGCCAGCCCUUCCUUUUUGCUCUUUUCCUGGCUAUUUACCUGGCCACACUGCUGGGGAACUCUGCAGUCCUCGCCCUCGUGUCCCUGGAUCCCCAUCUCCGCAGCCCCAUGUACUUCUUCAGUCACCUGUCCUGCUUGGACAUUUGCUAUUCCUCAGUGACAAUGCCCAAGAUGCUGGCAAAUGCCCUGCGUCAGCAGGCACCCAUCUCCUGCUGUGGGUGCCUGGCAGAGACGUUCUUCCUGAUGGGGUGCGCAGGGUCCAAGUGCACACUCCUGGCUGUCAGGGCCUAUGACUGCUGCGCAGCCAUGUGCCAGCCCCUGGGCUACCUGCAGGCCAUGAACCGCAGAGCCUGCGUGGCUGCCGCUGUGCGCUGCUGACUCUGCCGUGCCCAUCCUCCUGCCCUCCAGGCUGCCCAGCUCCAGCACAUCUGUGAUGCCCCUCUGCAGCUGAGGGCUACCUGCAGCAACACCCGCCCAGUCCAUGCUGCCAGUGUCUCUGUGGGGCUCAGUCCCUUCCUGUUUGUCCUUGUCUCCUACCUCCAUAUCCUUGCCACCAUCCUUGGGAUGCCCCUGGCCAUCAGCUGCUGCAAGGCCUUCUCCACAUCCUCUGCCCACCUGCUUGUGGUCACUCUGUACUUUGUGACAGCCAGCCUGAACUACAAUGGCCCAGGAGCCGAUGCACUGAUCUCUGCACUGUAUGACAUCGUCACCCCCAUGCUGAACCCCCUCAUCUACAGCUUCCACAACCAGGAGGUGUGGGGGUCCUUGCAGAAGGCUGUGUGGGGAUGGGGCACACUGGGCUCCCCUGGCAGCAAUGCAUAA